ACUCAAAAAAACCUAUGAAAAAGGGCCACCAGGGGUGGACUGACAACUCAUGGGCCCCCGGGCAAUAGGGGAUCAUGGGGCCCCUGUGUCCUUGCCCAAACUCAAAAAAGCCUAUGAAAAAGGUACCAGGGGCAUCUCAUGGGGCCCCCUACUGACCCCGGGCCCUCUGGCAGUGCCUGAGUUUCCAAGUGGUUAGUCCACCCCUGAGGGCCACACCGUCACCCUUCGAAAAUACGUUUACCU